AUGUCUUCACCGUUGCAACCCGCACCGCACACUGCCCAGUUGUCCAUACCCAGCAAUCACUACCAUACCCAGAGAGUCAGGUCACAGUAUCCCUCAGAUGCUUCGGAAAAUCAUGUGGAGUACAUACUGGUUGCCAGUUUUGACAUUGAUCGCGGAUCAAUCAUGGAGCACCAGUACCCUGGGCCUGUCGGUGGAGACGAGACUAUGCUGGCGGAGCUGAUGCUACCAGAUCAAGCACACGUUAGGAGUCAGGAUUGGACCAUUUUCUUUCUUCACAAGGACAACUCGGCAGAAGAGGAGGCAAAGGAAGAACGACUAGCAAGGAGGGAGCGACGGAGGAGGAGGGACCGUAUAAGAGAAGCACUGGAAAAGGGAGACCCCGUUCCCGAGGAAGAGCUCCAAUAUGCAGAUGACGACAUUGAUGAAAUGAGUGAUGAUGACGACGAUGAUGACCCUUCUGAAGACGACGACGAUAGUCUAGAGGGGCCGCCCUUGAUAUACGUCUUGAAUUUGGUAAAUACAAAACAAGACAACACCGUCAAGAGAGGAGCUGUCGUCAAAGCUAUGGCGAUAUGCACAAGACAUUCUUUUCUUCAUAUCUACAAGCCUCUCCUACUCCUUGCACUCGAAGAGUAUUUCCGCUCUCCUCACCCCGAAAGCCUUGCAUCCCUGUACAAUGCUCUCAACUCAAUGGAUCUGUCGCUCUUGCCGCGGUUAUCUCUUCUAGAGCGAUUUGUCCUCCAGGCAAGUGGCGCGAAAGACAUGUUCAUUGAAAAGUUCGAGGCCUUGAUGAGACAGCGCAUGGAGGAAGACGCCCGUGCUGGCGCUGUUGGAUCCCCUGAUCUUGGUCCAACCUCGAGCGCUCGAAUGAAACCUCGCUACGCUCUGCCACGAGAUACCCAUGAGUUUGAGUCACGAAUCAACUACAAUGGCAUACCAAUUCCUGUUAAGAUUCCUACCGCAAUAUCACCCGAGACGGUGGGCGACUUCUCCCUCAUAAAGCUUAUUCAGACCUUUUCGGGCCCGCAUUCGUCUUCACCCCAGCCAUUUGCUCUACAUCCUCACCUCACAACUGGUGGCUCAUACACCCAUCCCAUCAUUGUCCUUGUAAAUGCCCUUCUUACGCAAAAACGAAUCAUCUUUCUUGGUCACAACAUGCCUUCCGGCGAAGUCGCGGAGGCUGUUCUUGCAGCUUGUGCACUGGCGUCUGGUGGGAUGCUGAGAGGGUUUACACGUCAUGCUUUUCCCUAUACUGAUCUCACGAAGAUUGACGAUCUGCUCAAGGUCCCAGGUUUCAUUGCUGGCGUGACGAAUCCAGCAUUUGCAGGUAAAACCGAGUGGUGGGACUUGCUCUGCGAUCUUCCGACCGGCCGAAUGAAAAUCAGCUCCAAGAUCGAAGCAGCCCCUAUCACAGAAGGCCUUCUCUACUUCCAACAGCAACAAAACCAACCAAACAACCCCCUUUCCUCUCUCAACCUCGGUGCUCUCACCGGGUCAGGCAAUAGCCGUGACGGCGACAUCACAGGCGACAACGCCUUCAUGGACUCGCUCCUCUCCAGCAUCGCGAAUCGCCACGGCGAAGCCGCCAUCCGCAGCCGCUGGCGCGAAUGGGUUCUCAAAUUCACACGCCUCUCAUCCGCCUUUGAAGAAUGCGUCUACGGCGCCUCCGCGCUGUACUUCGGCACCCCCAAAGACGCAAGCAUGUACGGCGUCCACGGCCACGGUUACGUCUGGCCCGACGAAGCAUCCCGCCUCCGCGAACUCGCCGCCAACGUCCACCGCAUCGAAGCCUGGCGCACAACCCGCAGCUACUUCUCCUUCAUCCAAGACAUCACCCAGAUCUGGACCAAGCGGCCCGUCCAAGGCAUCGACUUCCAGCACCAGCACGACCGCCUCCGCACCCAGCGCCUCAGCCCAGACACCAGCGCAGCUAUCUACCUCGCGCUCGCCCGCGCCGUCGAAGACGCUGCCUACGGCUUCCAUACCAACAACACCAUCACCACCCCCGCCACCGCCACCGCCACCGAUUCCUCCCCCACCACAGACGCAGCCCUCUCCCUCACCACAACCCUGACAAACACCUCCAUCCCCAUCCCCGACUCCGCUUCCGCCUCCCUCGCCCCCGGAACCCCACACCCGCUCUUCCCUCCUCCCCUCAAACUCCCCGCUACUCACCCACACCUCCAAUACAACACCAUCCUCCAGCUCCUCGCCGUCCUCCCCGAGUCCAACACCGGCCUCUUCUACCUCUCCCUCGGCCUCUUCCACCCUAAACAUGCUGUCCGUGAAGCGGUUGUCAGGCUGCUUGAUCGUGUGCGCGAACAUGCCGCUGGCCGUCAUUAUUGGGCUUGUUUGGGCAGGUUUGCGAAGUUGGCGUUUUAUCGGAUUAAGAGGGAGGAGGGUGGGGGUGGGAAGUAG